AUGCAUAAGUGUAUAGUGUGCGGUAAUAGAUCUAUUAAAACUAAUGCUAAAAGGGAAGGAGUUAGAUAUCAUGGAUUUCCCAAGAACGAUAACUUGAGAAGAGAAUGGUUUAAAGUUUUAGGGAUUGAUCGUUGUCAUAAAUGGCAACGGAUAUGCAGUAACCAUUUUAUAGAAGAGAACUAUAGAACUGGAAAAAAGCAAUUUUUACUUCCAAAUGCUAUUCCCCAACCUUACAAUCGAAAUGGUUUUCCUUCUAAUUAUGCUACUCAAAGUAAUCAUGCUGAAUCUGGAAAUAAUGGAAUUUACCCAUUGGAACAAAAUAUUAUAAGAGAGGAGAAUAUUGAAAAUUCUACUGUCAAUAAUUUUAUAUCACCAAGCUCGUCAUCUAUACUUCCUGAAAACAAUGAAGUUAUGCCGGACCAUACUUUAGGAUCUGGAUUACGAUGUUCCGUUAAAAACUGCUUUAACAGGCAUUCAGAGAAUCUUAGUAUGUUUAGAUGUCCUAAGGAUUACACAUUGAGAAAAAUGUGGAUAGAAAAAUGUGGAAUAAAUGAAGAUGCUCCUGAAAUAGAAAUAAGUGCUAUAAGAGUGUGUAGUACUCAUUUUGAACUAGACUGUUUCACGAAUACUGCAUUAAAGAACAGAUUAAAACCAGGCUCGGUUCCAUUAUUAUUUUUAGAUAGUGCACCUGAGUCAACUAAUGAGGUGUCUGUAUUCAGUAUAUGUGAAGAUCAAUUCAUAAGUCCUAUAGAUAAUGAAGCUGCUGAACAGUUGUCAGAAGAAGAAAAAAACAAUGAAAUAGAUAAUACUUCCAUGAUAAUUGACCUUACAAUUGAUGAUUCAUCUAAUAGUUCUUUGUCCAUUACUUUGGAACCAAUUGAGGAAAGAACCUCACAAUGUAUUAUAAUGGAUGUUUGCAAUACUGAAGAUUUUACAAUGGACAAACACGGGUUUAUUUUUGAAAUGUUUAAGAAAGCUGUACUACCUAGUUUAUAUUGGAAGAGUGAACAUCUUGGUGAACAAUAUGCAACAGGUUUUUAUCAACGAGAUACUUUUGAUGUAAUUGUGAAGAAAGUUUUUUUUCAUAAUAACCUUGUGCCAACUAUACAAAUAUAUGGCAAGAAAUAUGAAUAUAAAAUGUCUAUUACAACAAUAAAAGAUGUAGACGAUCUUUUAGAAAAAUUAGACAGCAUUGAAAGAUGUUAUGGUAGGGAUGGAUUUGUCUUUGAAGAAUGUAUAGGGUACCGUGAAAAUAGUGAAGAUAGUAUGUGUUCUGGCUGUCAAGGGUUGGUAGAAGAUCGAUAUUUGCAAGGAAUGAAAGCAAAAAUUGAAUCUAUACACCAUACUAUGGAAAGUUUUAACAACAGAUUGGCUGAAAAGAAAGAAACCAUUUUAGCUUUAAGAAAAAGAAUGGCAGAAAUGAAAAAUCGACAACGUAGACUUUAUACUUUAUAA